CCCAGCAUGGCACACAGCUGUUUCUCCGGGCCCUGCUUGCCCUCAGCCUCCGCCAACUCCGUCUGCUCCAGUGAUGUGAGCCGCAGCAGCAACGUCUGCAUGCCCAGCUCGUGCCUGGGGGGCUCCUCCUGGCAACUGGACGACUGCCCAGAGAGCUGCUGUGAGCCCUGCGGCUGCAGCGGACCCUCCUGCUGCCCAGCCCCAUGCUGCCCUCCUGCCUCCUGCCUCACCCUCGUGUGCCGACCAGUCUGCUGUGUGCCCGCCUCCUGCCAGCCCUGCCCAGCUGUCUGUGCCCCCUCCUGCUGCCAGUCCACUGGCUGUGGAGUUUCCUGCUGCCAAACCUGUCCCAGUGCCCCCAUACAGUCCUGCUGCUGUGUGCCCAUGUGCUGCAAGCCCAGCUGCUGCAUCUCCCUGCCUGUGUGCUGCAAACCCAGCUGCUGUGUGACCUCUGCCUGCCCAGUCCUCUCUUGCAGCCCAGUGCCCUCCUGCUGCCAGCCUCCCUGCUGUCAGCCUGCUUGCUCCAUGCCCCUGAGCUGUCGACUAGUGUGUAGCCCAGCCACCUGCUGUGUGCCUCUCUCCUGCAAACCCACCUGUUGCACCACCUCUUCCACCUCCUGCUGCUGUGGUCCUUCCUGCUGCUGUGCCCCAUCCUGCUGCCGGCCCACCUCCUCUGUGUCCCUCAUCUGCCGGCCCACCUGCUGCAGACCCUCCUGCUGCUCCACCUCCUGUGGCCAGAAAUCCUGCUGUUGAAGCCAGGGCUCUGCUCUCUCUCCACCCUGCUACCCCCUUCACGAGCCUCAGCAGCUGCCCAGCAGUACUCACAAAGGAGGCCUCCAUUUGGCCCUCCAGGCACCCCCCAAACAUCCUCCCACCCCAGGCCUCCCUGAGUCCCCACAAAGCUCCUCAGAUGCAUGGCUGACCCCCUCCUGCUUCCCCAGGACUCCACGUCAGCUUGCAGUAUGCACCCCCCGACUGCUGCUCACAGACUCCCUCCAGGCAACCAGAGUGUGGGCACUGCCAGGCAGGAGCUCCCCUGGCAAUAAAGUGUAUC